GGUCUGAUGCCUCAGACACAACCCCUCAGCCUAGCACCAUGGAGCUGGGAGGGACCUUCACCAUGCUUCUGACACUCUGCUUGUUUUGUCUGCUCAUCCUCAUUGCCUGGAAGCAGAUCAGCAAGGGGGGAAAACUGCCUCCAGGUCCCACACCGAUACCCUUCCUGGGGAACCUGUUACAAAUCCGUACAGAUGCUACCUUUCAGUCUCUCAUGAAGCUCAGGGAGAAAUAUGGCCCAGUCUUUACUGUGUACAUGGGUCCCCGGCCAGUAGUUGUUUUAUGUGGACAUGAAGCAGUGAAGGAGGCCCUGGUAGACCAAGCAGAGGAGUUCAGUGGCCGUGGAGAAUUGGCUUCAAUAGAACGAAACUUCCAAGGUCAUGGUGUAGCUCUGGCUAAUGGAGAUCGAUGGAGGAUUCUCCGACGCUUCUCUCUGACCAUUCUUCGGGACUUCGGGAUGGGAAAGCGCAGCAUUGAGGAGCGGAUCCAGGAGGAGGCUGGCUUCCUACUAGAGGAAUUACGGAAGACCAAGGGUGCCCCGACUGAACCCACUUUCUUCCUGAGCCGCACUGUCUCCAACGUCAUCAGUUCCGUUGUCUUCGGGAGCCGCUUUGACUAUGAGGACAAGCAAUUCCAGAAGCUGCUGCAGAUGAUCAACCAGAGCUUCAUUGAGAUGAGCACACCCUGGGCACAGCUAUAUGACAUGUAUUCCGGAAUAAUGCAAUAUCUGCCAGGGAGGCACAAUCGCAUCUACUACUUGGUAGAGGGGCUCAAGGACUUCAUUGCCUCUAGGGUCAAGAUCAACGAGGAAUCCUUUGACCCACAGAACCCUCGAGACUUCAUUGACUGCUUCCUCAUCAGGAUGCACCAGGAUAAAAAUAAUCCCAACACAGAAUUCACCCUCAAGAACUUGGUCCUCACCACUCUCAACCUCUUCUUUGCUGGCACAGAGACUGUGAGCUCUACACUACGCUAUGGAUUUCUGCUGUUAAUGAAGCAUCCUGAGGUGGAAGCAAAGAUCCACGAGGAGAUUGACCAGGUGAUUGGACCACAUCGGAUACCAAGUGUGGAUGACCGAGUCAAGAUGCCCUACACAGAUGCUGUGAUCCAUGAGAUACAGAGAAUGACAGAUAUUGUGCCCCUGGGUGUCCCACAUAAUGUCAUCCGGGACACUCAUUUCCGAGGCUACCUUCUGCCCAAGGGCACUGACGUGUUCCCCCUGCUUGGCUCAGUUCUCAAAGACCCCAAAUACUUCCGCUACCCAGAUGCCUUCUAUCCCCAACACUUCUUGGAUGAGCAGGGCCGCUUCAAGAAGAAUGAAGCCUUUGUGCCUUUUUCUUCUGGAAAGCGCAUCUGCCUGGGCGAGGCCAUGGCCCGCAUGGAACUCUUCCUCUACUUCACCUCCAUCCUUCAGAAUUUCUCCCUGCGCCCACUGGUGCCACCUGCUGACAUCGAUAUCACCCCCAAGAUCUCAGGCUUUGGCAACAUCCCCCCAACCUAUGAGCUCUGCCUGAUGGCCCGCUGAGUGCCCCCUACUGUGCCCAGAAGGAACCAUCAGGGGACAGACUCUGCCUGAGUGCAGGGGCAGCCCCCUCAUCUUCUCAAAUGAUCUCAACAACCCUAAGAGAAAGUACUAUUGCUACUCUCAUGGGGCCACAGGCUAGCGAGGCUCACCUAAAAAUACAGACUUGCAUAUCUUCCAUAUCUGAUAGAAAAGCCUGUCCAAUAUUUCAGCAAGAGCGUGUGGAGUUUUCCUUCACUUGAUCACCUCUGGCUCGGUUUAUGUUUGUACAAGAUUCUCGUUGUAGAUUCCCUGUCUUUAUGAUGUUCCUUUGUUUUAGUUCUGAUCAUAACCUCAACAUAGAUCACAUCCCCUUUCUUGAUCCUUAUAUCCACCACUUCCCAAAAAAAGGCAUCAAGAGCUCAGUACU